UCAUUUUGAACUUAUUUCUCUCUCUCUCUCUCUCUCUCUCUCUCUCUCGCUUUCAUGAAACCCCAGUAGCAGAAGCCAUGGGAAAAUACAUGAGAAAGGCGAAGAUAACGGGCGAGGUUGCAGUCAUGGAGCUCUCUCAGGCCUCACUAGGCGUCCGAACCAGAGCCAAAACCCUAGCCCUCCAGAGGCUCCAAAAGACUACCACCUCUUCUUCCUACCUCCAGCUCCGCAGCCGCAGGCUUGAAAAACCCCCACUUGUUGCCGCCUCCGAAUCCAAGAAAACCAAAGAAAUCUGCAAAGAAAACCCCAGCACUGUUCAUAGGCUGCUUUCGGAUUCAACAAAUUCCGGCUCUGUCGGGUCGGUCUCGCUAGGCUGUUUGAAGAAGAACGAAGAGGCUGCCGCCGCUGCUGCUGCUGCUGAGACAGACGGACCACCUGAGAACAUUGAGGUUGGCAUCGAGGCGUCGUUUGGAGAGAAUAUUUUGGAGAUUGAUGGAAGAGAAAGGAACAUCAGGGAAACCACACCUUCCAGCCUGAUUAGGGACUCAGAGAACCUAGGUACCCCUGGUUCUACAACCAGACCUACAAACUCAACUGCAACAAACAGGAGAAUACAGAUACAUAGAAACAUUCCAACAACACAUGAGAUGGAGGAGUUCUUCGCCGGUGCAGAACAACAGCAGCAGAGAAUAUUUACAGAGAAGUACAACUACGAUCCUGUGAACGACUUACCACUCCCUGGCCGCUACGAAUGGGUGACAUUGGAUCAAUAGGGAGGUGAUUAUCUUCCUUCAUCUGGGCUUUCUUUUCCUAUGCGGCUAUGCCGAUUCCAGGUGGUAUUUCCACCCUUUUAAAGUUGUAGAAAAAGAAGUUCGUUCCAAAUCAAAUGUGUAGCAGUUCUAAUGGUCUGUAAAAUAGAGAGCUAGGCUAGAAGUAGAAGCAUAAACCCCAAAAAAAUCCUUUCACCACCAUCUAACAACAGAUCAUUUAGAAGGGUUGGUGGGUCAAUCAAACCUCAUGUCUAUGCUAAUAGUAGAUAUAGAGUAAAUAUAUGAUCAGACUCUUCAUGGGGGUGUAAUUCCAAUCCCUGGUUUUGUAUUUGUUUAUAAUGCUCCUACUGAUGGAACUGGGAUGCUCUUGGAGAAAUAAACAUGACCCAUUUCCCCA